AUGGAAAAAAAAAGAGGGCAGUCGAAGCCCUUCUUCCUCUCUUCUUCUUCACUUUCCCGUUCUUGUAUCACACCAACGGCAAAAUAUCAUUCUUCUUGGCACCCUGUGCCCCCAUUUCUUCUUACGAUUCUUCUUUGCCACUAUACGAAACCAGGCAGCCAACACAUGCUAGCACCUAGAGGCUCUGUCGCAAAGGAAGGAGACGUCGUGUUGCUCUUCCGCGGUCACCUUCAAUUUACACCAUUACUCCUGCAGCGCGGGGCGAUGCUGCACUGCAAGGAUGGGAAGUUCAUGCACGAUGACAUUAUUGGCUGCCCGUUGGGAACACGUGUCAUGGGUCGGAGCAACUUGAAGAAUGACCCCCGUGGGGCGCCCAGUGUGCUUGUGAUGCAGAACUGCGCAGACCUGUGGACAGUUGCGGUGCCUCACCGCACACAAAUAAUCUACGACACAGAUAUUGCCGUCAUCGUGUUCAACCUGCGGCUGCGACCGGGCCAUCGUGUAGCCGAAGCAGGAACUGGAAGUGGUUCGCUCACUCAUUCCUUAGCCAGGACUGUUGCUCCGGACGGUAUUGUGUAUACGUAUGAUUUUCACAAGAAACGGUGUCUCGAGGCACUGCAGGAGUUCCGCCGUAAUGGUUUGCCAGCGUCUCUUGUGCGUUGCAACUGGCGGGACGUAUGUGUUACAGCGAGUGGAUCGGAUGAAAGUGUAAUGACCGGUAUGCAGCUGCCUGACGCAGCCCAAAGUGAGAACAAAGGAGAGGAUAAAGAGGAGCCAGAACCGGGCUACGGUCUUCCGAAGCAUCAUGUUGACGCUGUCUUUCUCGAUGUUCCGUCGCCAUGGCUGGCGAUUGACAAUGUGCUGCACGUACUUCGACCUGGUGGGAUGCUUUGCACAUUUUCACCAUGCAUUGAACAGACGCAGCGCACAGCCCAGCGGCUGCGGCAGGCACCACAGGAGUUCAUUGACAUACGCACGGUCGAGGUUGUACGGAAGUUUAUUAAUCCCGUUUGCAGGAAGCGCAAUCAUUCAGAGGGAACUGAGGGGGAAAGUAACAACAAGCCAACAUGUCGCUUUAAGUUCCGCCCUGCACUGGUGUCGAUGGGUCACACGGCGUACCUCACGUUCGCCCGGCGGCGGCUGGAGCGCAUUCCAGUGGUAGACACGGUGGAGGCAUCUGCCGCGGCAACCAACACGGCCUCCUCCUCUCAGGACGUUACCGCUGGUGGUGGUGUGAACACUGGUACAAUCUAA